AUGCUUGCCCAUUCAGUAUUAUUUGUCUCCUUCUUCGUCGUAACUUUAGCUUACAACUUCGGGCCGCCAUGUCUGCCAACGCGAAUCAACUUCAAGGUGCACUACCCAUGCCUCGAAAGCGCUGAACAAGACGAAUAUGAUGACCGAAUAGCUCGCUCCAAAGGUGAGCCAUCCGCAUUCGCGCGGACUGGUUUCUACGAUCGAUUGUUCAGGUGUGAUGUAUGUAUUCGUCGUGAGGCAAAGUCACACUGA